AUGGUAGUUGCUGAUUCCCGUUGCUCAAGACUCACACACGCUCGCGUACUACUCUUCAGGCCCAUGUUAUCCCGCUUUUGUCGUGGUUAUUCGCCAGCUGAAGGACAUCCUACCCCAGUCGACCGCCGACUGGGUGACCACAUCCUACAAGGCUGCGCCAUGCUUUGUGUCGAAAGCGCCAAGAAGCUCAUCACCUUAGUGUGCGACAACUACCGGUCAAGCGCCGCCAUUGGGAUCUUGCCUUGGUGGUACCGCGUCUUCUAUCUCUAUGCUGCAUCGCAGAUCUUGAUUGCGGCGAUGCUACGGGCGGAUGUUUUCGCGCCCAUGGUUUCAGAUUCCUGGUACCAAGCUAUGUCGGCCUUUAGUGCGCAUAAGCAUCUUAGCCCGGCUGUGAUGGAAUACAGUUUGGCGUUUCGACAAUUGUGGCGAAAUGUGACGGAUAUGUAUCUUUCUGAUAGUGAAGUGAAUGGUUCGUCCGGGAGACCCUCAGAUGUGCCUUUUCAGGGCUUUUUUCAGGAUCUGAGUUUCGAUAUUGCAAGUCCGGCUUUGGGUAUGGAGGGCGUGGGUUGGAUGGAUACUAUUAACUGGAACCUUUGA